AACAGCAUCAACCAGGCCAAUAAAAUGGCCCUGCUUGCCUGGGCGAAAGAAACGGGCAUCAACUUGGUGCAGAUCAAUGGGCAGAGGCGAUAUGGUGGCCCACCCCCAGGCUGGGUGGGCGACCCCCCUCCGGCGGGCACAGAGGUGUUCAUCGGGAAGCUGCCGCAGGACAUGUACGAGCACACCCUGAUCCCGCUCUUCACGAGCGUGGGGACGCUCUUUUCCUUCAGUGGGCUCAACCGGGGCUUCGCCUACGCCAAGUACAGCACCCAGCACGCCGCCAAGGAGGCCAUCGCCACCUUCAACAACUUCAGGGUGCGGGAGGGUUGCGCCAUCGUGGUGUGCCAGAGCACGGAGAAGUGUGAGCUCAGUGUGGACGGGCUGGCAGCCUCGGUGAGCCGGCGGGAGCUGGAGGCUGUGCUGCGGCGCAUCACGCCGGGCAUCCUCAGCGUCACCCUGCAGCCCAGCCCUGGCCAGCAGCGGGCGCAGCUCGCAGUGCUGAAGUACAGCUCGCACUACGCUGCUGCCAUGGCCAAGAAAACCCUCAUGGAAGGGAACAUGAGGCUCAGUGGGGUGGCGAUAAGGGUGGACUGGCUGAACCCUGACCUGAAGCAGAAGCUGCAGUCGUGCGAGGAGAAGCCAUCGCCCAGCCGGGUGCACAGGGGCAAGCACCCGGGGACCCCCAAGCAGGCGCCUCCCUCUCCGGUGCUGCACAACGCGCUGGAGCACCUCAACACCCUGUGCCGGAGCCAAUACCUGGGGCCCCCCCUGUUCCUCACCAAGUGCAUGCAGGCCAACCCCAAUGGGUGGCUGCGGUUCUGGUGCCAGGUGGUGAUCCCGGGGUGCCCCGUGCCCUUCACGGGGUUCACGUGGGUCCGUCAGGAUGGGACAGGCAGGAGCGGGCACGAGGAGGCAAAGGUUGCGGUGGCGCUGCAGGUUCUGCAGAUGCUGGGUGAGUCCUUGCGCG